AUGACCGUCUCAGUAGAUCCCGCCUCCAAAGGCGAUGCAGCUCCUCCUGGAUUUGCUGUAGCGCAAUGGAACAUACCUUCUAACAAGCCCUUGAUUGCAGUAGACUUGGAUGAUGUACUUAGCGAAACAAACCAGUCGGUUGCAAAUUGGCAUAAUGAUGCCUAUGGAACCGACAUGACACUGUCCGAUUUCUAUUAUUACUAUUACUGGAGGAAUCCCUAUUGGGGCACUCCGAGUGAAACUAUGAGGAAAGUGGAAGAAUAUUACGCAACUUCUAGACUCUACGAAGCAUCCCCAGUAGAAGGUGCUAUUCAAGGUGUUCGCUCGCUGAAGGAUCUAGGAUUCCUUUUGGUUAUUAUAACCGCCAGGCAGCCUCGCGAAUUAGAGAACACCGAGAAGUGGCUUGAUAAACACUUUCCUGGUAUAUUUGAGACAGUCAUUUGUACCGGAAUGUCGCAAGAAACCCUCGCAGAUGAACGAGUGCUGGCGACUAAGCUUUCUAAGGCGCAGUCUAACUUUGGCCUGAAGGUAUGCAAGACACUCGGUGCUAAGCUCAUGAUUGAUGACUCGCUCGAAAACUCCCUGAAAUGCAUGCGGAGCGACCCUCCACAGCCAGUGCUUCUCUUUGGGGACUACCAAUGGAACAAACGCGAAGCAAAUUACAGUCACAUUGAGGAUGAGUCGAGCUAUGAGGAGAGAGUGAAGAAGGAAGGUGGAAAUGAUUUCUUAAUCACCGAUGUGACGACGAUUCCUUCCGGGAGAUGGCUCACCAGAGUCAAAGAUUGGACUGAAGUUGUCCAGUGGGUCAAGGAUAACCUGAUUACCUAG